AUGGCAGACGAGGAAGGAGACGAAGAAACCAACGAAAAAACUCGUUCUUCUUCAGGUGGAACCGACUCGACAGGGGCGCGAGCUAAGGUGAAGGGUAAACUCAAGUCCUUCUGGAACAAGACCGUCGUGCCAGCAUUUCCCGAAGCCAUUGCGGAUAUUUCAAUCAUCAAAGCUGCAUUGAAGGUCGAGGCUACCAUUACCAAGGACUUGAGGGAUGCAACUAGGCAUCCCGAGGUCGCUCAAAAGGCAGCGGUAAGGAGAGGGGUUGACCUGGCUCCUGAGGAAAUGCAAUUUCGCAAGCUGAGAAAAGCUAAAGCGCGGGAUGCUUUUUGUCGGUAUCUCGACCUCGACCCGUCCGAGGUCGACGCUGACGACGUGCCCAUCGUGGCGUUUGGUGGGUCGGGAGGCGGAUAUAGGGCCAUGAUCGGUAUGUUGGGAUAUUGUGAAGAGAUGAAACGCACGGGAAUGUGGGAUCUGUUGACGUAUGUUGCUGGCGUGAGCGGCAGCUGCUGGGGCCUGGCCGCGUACUAUACCUGGGCUGGCGCGAGCAUGAAGGCAGUGAUUGACCAUUGCCAGAAGAGACUGCACCCACAUCAUCCGUUGUCGCCGGAGGCCGUUCGAGAGGUUCUGAAUGCCCCCGGAGGUCCAACAAAGACGCUGGGUCCUCUGGUGCAGAAGCACCGUUCAGGGUUAUCAACGGUGGCCAUGGAUCUGUAUUCAGUAUUCACCACAGGUCAUCUAUUUCUGAAUCACGAUCCCGCUCUUGACCCGCCGGGCCUCCGCGGAAGUUUUGGCGUCAAGAAGGAAGUGGCGGGACAACAUGAAAAUUGGCUAAAGUGGACAUCGGCAAACACCCACCUUCUAGAUGGCAGCGAACCUUUGCCAAUACUUACCGCAAUCCGGCACGAGCGACCGUGGAAGGACUGGGUGGACAAGGAACAUCCCUUCAAGGAUGCAGAUCCAGGAACAAAAGAGCACCAGGAAGCGCAGGAUGCCUGGUUCAAUUGGUUUGAAAUCUCGCCAAUCGAGGUUGGCUGUGACGAGCUGGAGGCUUGGUGUCCAACAUGGGCAUUUGGCAGACCCUUCGAGAAGGGACAAGAUACCAUGCAACUCCCUGAACAGUCUCUGGCUUUGCUGCUGGGCUUGUGUACCAGUGCCCCAGCGGGACCCUUGACCUCUUAUCUGGCGACCAUCAAGCGCAGCCUUCCGGCGGGGUUGAUUGGCAAUUCAAUUAGUGACAUGGCUAAAGGCAUCGCGAGGAUCUGGGGGCCAAAGGGAAAAGAAGAGUUUCAAGCUCAUCACCCUCUUCAUGCCGUCAACGAGCACAAUUUCAUGUUCCACUUGACCCGGGGUGAGAACAAGGACAAACCCUCGCCACCGAUCGAAAAUUCUCCACGGAUCCACCUGAUCGAUUCAGGAAUGGACAACAACUGCCCAACGUAUGUCAUGUUGCACCCUCGCCGGGAAGUUGAUGUGAUCCUGAACAUGGACGCCUCGAGCGAUGUGUUGAAAGGCAGUUUCCAGGAGCGAGUGGACCAGAUUGCGAGCCGGCGAUGUCUGAAAUUCACCAAACGACACCCUGAAAUCGAAGCAGGCACUGACCUCAAAGAUCCAGACCGCUUCAAGGGCCUGUACGCACAGAUCUAUGACGGCACCAUCCUCGAAGAGAGGCCGAAGGAAGUGAUCGACUCAUACGGACACAGAGUCACAAAUCCCCCCGCACCUCCAUGCCUCCAUGAGUCGACGAUGAUCUAUAUCCCAUUGCUGCCGAACCAGAGAGCUGUGGCCGAUUUCGAUCCUUCGACUGCCAAGUUCUCUGGCUCGUAUAACCUUGUGUGGACGGGUGCGCAAGUGGAGAUGCUUGUCAAAAUUUGUUCUGCCAACUACAAGGCCGGCGAAGCUGCGAUCAAGACCGUGUUGAGGGAGCAGUGGCAGAAGAAGAAAGCGAAGAGAGAAGCAGCUACCGCAGUUUAUUCUCCAUCUCUGCUUGCUGGUCCAGCUGGUCCUGCCGGUGCCGGUGCUUCUGCUGAAGUGUCUGCUUUGGAAGCAGCUUCGUGUACAGAUGUCUGA